AUGCACUGUUGGCUGGAGAACGAUAACUUUCCCGGAGUUUUGGAUGGAUAAACAAGACCGUCCAGCGGCCAAUGCGCACUUUGCGCAGAGGAAAUAUAGCCCUUAUGGUUACAGGCAUUGAGAGGGAUAAAGGCUCUGGGAACAUGAGAGACUCCAUCCACAUCGUGCUGAGAUCAGUACCACGAGGGCUGACCCUGGGUCCUUCUCUGGCCGAAGAUGGACAGCUAGGUCUGUGGUGUGUUAGGUGAGUGCUGCAGAAAGGCACUCUGCUAGGCCUGGAGGAACCUGACAAAAUAAACAGGAAGGGAAAAGCUGAGGGGAUUCAACAUACAUACCAAAAUGUGUUAAUUUUUUUUUUUAUCUCAGAUUAAAUCUACUGGAUGAGGUUUGCCUGCAGUGCUCAAAGUGAGGAAGCGAGCAAUGUCAGUGUGCUCGAGGUGGAUGGAAAAUUAGGCCUUAGGGUCUGUCGAGACAUUCAACCAGGAACAGAACUGCUCCUCUUGAAAGAAAAAGAAGAAGAAGAAGAAGCCCCUCUUGAAAAAUAACUAAUGCAACUAAAAGCCUGUGAAAUUAGUAGUACUCCAAACAGAGAACAAGAAGAUACUUUAGAGGCCAUCACAUUAGAUCACCUCUCAGACUGUGCAGAUCCUGUUCAAAGUGCCACACAAGAGGAUACAAAACCUCCAAUCAAGGAGAAAAAUCUUGUGCAGGAGUCUAGAGCAUGUAAUUUCAGUGACCUGGAGCAGAAUGGGGUAGAUGAGGCACAUGGGGACGGUGAAGGUCAGCAAAGUGAUGAACAUCCUGCUAGAGAUAAGAUCCAGAGCAUCAGUGAUAGUACAUCACAAGCCCAGAGUUCAUCAGAACAUCUGAAGCCAGAGAGAAGCCUGAGAGCCAGCUCUCGUCUUGCUGCUAAACCUCGAAAAGUGCACUCAUCAACCAUCCUUAUCUACAAACGACAAGAUCCAAAAAACAGGUCAGACCUCAGCAGCAAGAGGAAGCUCUCGGAUAACAAAGACAACACAAUGCAGACAUUGUAUGCUAAUGAGGAUUCCAGCUCAUUAGCAUUCCAUUUUGUUAUCCGAGAGAGGAAGCACAAAUGCGACGAGUGUGACAAGAGCUUCUUUCAGCUCUGCCAUCUGAAGAAACACAAAUCUUACAUGUGCACAGAGUGUGGUAAAACAUACAGUUCACCGGAGAGCUUCCAAGCCCACUUGCUGAUGCAUCGCGGUCAGUGGCCCUUUCAAUGCCAGCACUGUGACAAAAGCUACGGCUUGAAACGGGACCUCAAGAAGCACCAGGUUCUUCACUCCUGGCGAGAAACCGUUCGUCUGUGACAUCUGUGGCAAAGCUUUCGCUCGCCGGCCCUCGCUACGCGUCCACAGGGAAGUCCAUCGGACGAAAGAGCCGGACUACCAGGGUCCCAAAGUCAAGUGUCCAGAGUGCAAUAAAGAACUGGCCAAUUCUGGUUCUUUGAGGAACCACAUGCGCCUGCACACCGGAGAACGUCCGUACGUCUGCCAGCACUGCGACAAGAGCUUUCGCUAACGUGGCAAUAUGCUGGGACACAUGCACAUCCACACGGGAGAGAAACCCUACCAGUGCGACCAUUGCGAACUGCGCUUUUCCCAAGUUCCUGAACUGUGCCGGCAUCUGAUUUCACACACGGGUGAGGUGUAUUUGUGUCCUGUGUGUGGUAAGGCUCUACGGGACCCUCACAAAUUGCCGGCCCAUGAACGACUGCAGACGGGAGACAGGCCCUAUAAAUGCGAACAAUGUGGGAAAGGGUACACGAUGGCAACCAAGCUAAGGCGCCACGUGAAGUCUCCCCUAGAGGAGAAGCCACAUGUUUGCCAGGUGUGCGGAGCCAAAUACACAAUGAUGCA